AUGCGGGCUAAUGGUUGCAAAGAGAAAUUGGACCGGGGAUGGGAAGACCGCAAAUCUGCAGUCAUGGUCGCACCUGCAGGAUCGCGAAAGCGGUUAGUGUGGUGCAGAAGCGAAAAGGCAGCCACCGUUUGGUUCCCCGGUGCGGUUCAGAGAUGGAUCAAACUAUUAGACUCUGCUUUUCCAUACAGUGAGCGUGUUUGGCAUGAUUUGGCCAAAAUGCGGUGGCAGGCCAAGAACCACGAUAUGCUUUCGUUGUUGUUGUUACCAAGCCUCGAGGAGGGCAUGUCGAUGAGACCGCCUCUUCCAGGUGAAGAAGAAAUCUCGAAACCAGACAAGGGUAAGAAGAGGAAGAAGGAAGCAUCGACCAAGUCUCCAAGAUCAAAGAAGUCCACGGUCCGCAGGCCUCAGACCGACGCCACGGUCUUGACUUUGACUGCUGCGGUAAGUCUUCGUGCCAAAGAUGAAGAUGAUGAUGAUGGCGAUCGCUCUUUGGUACAAAGGGUAAGACGGAGCGCUGAUGCUCCACAAGCUGUUGGGCGGAAGUCCGCUAAGUCGGGGAAGGCCGAUGUGGACCAAACUCGCGCUGAGGAGACCCUCGAGGAUGGUUUGGGCGUAGUCCCCGAGCUUCAAGUUGGACAUGGUACAGUCCGUGCCGGUGAAUCCUCGGCUGUCAAUUUCAUAGGGCCUGAAUCCGAAAUUUUUCUAGGUCGAGAAGAAACCCUUAUAGAAAUCGAUACCGGGGGUGGCUUUGAAUCGGGCCCUUCAUUUUCUCCGGGGGAAAUAAGGGAUGCCCAGAACAGGGGCGCUGCCGAUGCGGGAGCCUCUCAGGAAGAGGACGAUACGUUCAAGGACUACUUCAUCGGUGUCACUGAGGACACAGAUCUCGACGCCCCCAUCGCUCUCGAGGAGGUCAAGAAAUUGUACGACCACGCCUUCUCUAAGCUUCAAGAUGAGCUUUCAUGCCGUGAGGAGGAGCUCGAGAAGCUCACCUCGGAGCUAAAUGAGUCGAAGGCUUCCUUUGCCCGAAAGGAAGAUGAGUUGAGUGAGCUUCGGGCGAGUCUGGAGAGAGUGCACCAGGAAAGGGCUAGCUUUGCUGAGCAGAUUGGGCAAAAGAAUGCCCUGGUGGGGCGACUUCUGGAAGAGGUUGCGGCAAAGGAUACGAAGAUCCUCGGGCUGAAGCGGCAGAAUGAGGCCGUGAUCUCGGAGAAAGACCUUUUGUGGGGAGAGUUGACCUCGACCCAGGAUCUUCUUCGAAGUGAUCAGAAGGAGGCCGCUGCAUUAUCUGUGGCCAAGGCUGAAGCUGAUGAAUAUGCGUCCUCGUACAAGAGGGAUGCAGCUACCGCAAACGAUCGAGCCAGAGAGAUAUCCGAGAAGGCCGAGCAGAAGCUGGCUCGGGCUGUUGCUCAUGCUUGUUUGCAAGCUAGGAGGCAGGCCUUCGAGGAAGCAAGCACCAAAGAUGUCGAUCUCUCUGCUGAGAUUGAGAAAGACAUAGCCUUGGAGGAAGAAUCCGCACCUUCAACUACUUCGGAUGAGGGUUCCGGAAGUGAUUCAGAUAGUAGUGAGGGCGAAGAAUAG